AUGUCUAAGGAUUUCUAUAUAUUAAUAUCUGAAUUUAGCACAAAUUUGCCAUUCAUAUUAAUAUCUGAAUUUAGCACAAAUUUACCAUUCAUAUUAAUAUCUGAAUUCUCAAAGCGAGAUGCACCUGCUGGUGAAAAGCCAGAGCCUGUGAGGACGCAUCUUAGGAACAUGAUCAUAGUCCCAGAGAUGAUCGGCAACAUCAUUGGCGUAUACAAUGGAAAAACCUUCAAUCAGGUUGAAAUCAAGCCCGAGAUGAUUGGUCAUUACUUGGCUGAAUUCUCAAUAUCAUACAAGCCCGUGAAGCAUGGAAGGCCUGGUAUUGGUGCUACUCACUCCUCCAGGUUCAUCCCUCUCAAGUAAAAAAAUCAUGUUCGGAGGAUAAAGA